AUGGCCCAUAUCGCCGAUUUCAUGGUCGACGCCGACCUUCCCAACAGUGUUGGACUAAAUAACUAUAUUGCGAGAGAGGUCUCACCGGCACCAUCUUACGAAGCACCUUCCGAUGGUCCAUGCCCAGAGGAAAAGGAAAAACACGUUUGGAGGAUGCAUCAACCAUCGGAGACACGAAGAUUACAUUUAUUUCCAUCGAGAGAGAAGUUAUCAAUUGGGUCUGCAGGUCGAAAAAGCCCGGAUACCGCUAGCCAAGCGUCCAAGGCAGGAGAAAAGGCGAGUGGGGAGAAUGAAAGAUCUACACUCGGUAGUGCUUUGAGGUCGAAGUCCAAGGAUCCAAAGCCGAAGGAGCAAUCGCUUGUUCGAAGACGUAAAGUAUCGGUUCCAGAACUUGGCCCGAUGACAACAGUUCAGGAGGUUGCCAUGGAUUCUCCCACUAUUCCUGGCCGACCUGCACUUCACGAGCGAUCAAUCAGCGCACCAGGUAACAGUUGGAAGCAGCAUAUGUUUGGCGAGAGCAUGGUUUCGUGUAUUUCUGAACCUAUCCUGGACGAGAUAUUGGAGUUGGAUCUAUUGGAUGGAAGCAGUGAGCCAUCUAACCCAACAAGAACAGCAUCCGCUUCACCCAGUCGACGACCGCUAUCACCAAAAUGCUUAGCUCCACUGGUCAUUCCCCCAGGAAGUAGCGCUCAGCCUCAGUACAUUUCACAAAGAUUCAGACAACGUUCUGAAAGUACACCACCAGAUGUUCCACCAAAGUCAGCCAGGAUGAAGGAACAUUCUCCUUUUGGGCGAUUCUCACCUUUUACUCCUGGAUCUGCCUCAACUACAAGCCUCUCAAUAUCUACAGUUGCAUCUUCAAUUGGUGCUACACCUGUUUGGACCCCAGACUCUCAAAGGUCGCCAAAGCAGUGGGCUUCACCUACUCCUUCCAGCUCUGUCGCAAGCCCACAGGUCUCCCAUACCCGUGGACAGUCUGAAUCCUCCCAUCCAGGACAUCUCAAGAAGGGUGAUAAAGUCAGUGGACACAGAAGAGGGGAGUCAGAAACAUCCAUCAUGGACAGAGGUCGACCAAAGAAGCGUCCAGAUGGCAGUCCCGUAAAGCAACCAACUGGAACUACAACCACCCGGAGUCGUACAGCUAGCAGAUCAAGCCCAACCGAAGAGCAAAAGGCUUUCGCAACAUUGCCUCAAGGUAUCCGUGCAAGCAACGCAGCUUCAGUAAUGCCAAUGUCCGAGAUUGAAGCUCUCCGCAAACAAGCGUUUGGUCAAGCCUCUCGCUUCGACGUCCUCUCCUCAAAGGACGUCGACAACCUCUCAAGAGAACUCCGGUCUCUCGACGAACGCUGUGAAUACCUCACCGCCACCCACCGCUCCCUCCGCUCCGGCCGUCGCAACCUUCACGACCGCAUCUGUUCCUUCCUGCGCUCUCCCCGCGUCGCCCGCUUCUCGCACGAAUCCAUCCUCAAGCAAGAAGAAGCGCUCUCAGAACUCGACUCCUCCAUCGACGACUGGGUCACCAAGCUCGAGCACGCAGAGAACAGACGCACUCGCGUCCGUCAAAAGCUCCUCGAACACGUCGCUGCCGCUCUGAUCCUCCAGCCUUCAACACUUACUACAGGCGAGUACACACCACCACGCUCACCCACCAAAGCCCACUCACCACCGCGUUCACCUGUUAAAUCCCAAUCCCCUCAACGUCUCGCUGAGGUCGUCAAGGUCAGCACCGAGACGUUUCCCGUCCGUCGCACGACUCGCAUGAGCGUUGAGAGCAUUAAGAUCUACGCCGACAACGACGUCUACGCUCUCCUCGCCGACGUCGAAGACGAGAUGAACCGUAUGGGCGGCGAGCAAAUCGAAGUCGCGCAGCCAGAAGAGAAACUCGCUUCAGCAGCUGAAGUCACGCUCAACAGCGCCGUCUACCAAAGUCUUCCGUCCACCGUGUACGAAGGUCUACCAUCUACAGUCUACAAACGCCCACAGAUCGUCUAA